CCUAACUCUCACAACUCUUUCUUUCUUUAUUCUUCUUUCUAUUCGCUCUCCGUCCUCUUCGCCCGUAUAAUUCGAGAAUGGCGACGCGAGCGAUUCUCAGAAGGAGGAAGACAUUCAUCCAUUCAUACGUGAAUGGCGGUUCGACUUCGUCUGUUCGUUCUCUGGAACGUGCUAUAGCUACGACAACUCCUCGGAUUCCUUGUAAGCACGGAACGACGCCGUAUAGAGACUUGUGCGAUCGAUUUGGAUUAGGAAAAUUCGGGAGUGCGGUUCCGCGUGGGGGUUUUUCGGGAUUCAAUGAGCCUAUCGGUGUGCGGUGGUUGACGCAGUCGGCGGCGGCGAAGAAAAAUGAACAGGAGGAGAAUGAUGACGCAGUGGCGAAGUUGCGGAAAGAAGCGUCUCCUGAGGAGUGUGAUCAGGCUGUUGAAGGCUUGACCACUGCUAAGGCCAAAGCCAUGGCGAAACGGUCGCAAGAGUCGCCGAAGGAAGUGCAAAGCGUGUUGCGGAAAGUGUGGACUGCUCUUUUGGGAAUAGGUCCUGCGUUGCGAGCCGUGGCAUCUAUGAGUAGAGAGGACUGGGCAAAAAAACUGGUUCACUGGAAAACGGAAUUUGUGUCCACGUUGCAGCAUUAUUGGUUGGGUUCUAAGCUGCUCUGGGCGGAUGUGAGGAUCAGUUCCAGGUUGUUGUUAAAGCUGGCAGGUGGGAAGAGUCUCUCUAGAAGGGAGCGGCAGCAACUGACACGGACUACUGCCGAUAUCUUUAGGCUAGUUCCUUUUGCAGUUUUCAUUAUCGUUCCCUUUAUGGAAUUCCUCCUGCCCGUGUUUCUAAAGUUAUUCCCUAACAUGUUGCCUUCAACAUUUCAAGACAAGAUGAAAGAACAGGAAGCAUUGAAAAGGAGACUCAAAGCAAGAAUAGAGUAUGCAAAGUUCCUUCAGGAUACAGUCAAAGAAAUGGCAAAAGAAGUUCAGAACUCCCGAAGUGGAGAACUAAAGAAAACAGCUGAAGAUCUUGAUGAAUUUUUAAACAUGAUUAGAAGAGGUGCAACUGUCUCUAAUGAGGAAAUUUUGGGCUUUGCUAAGUUGUUUAACGAUGAACUUACUCUAGAUAAUAUAAGCAGGCCACGAUUAGUCAAUAUGUGCAAGUACAUGGGAAUCAGCCCUUUUGGCACUGAUGCAUACUUGCGCUAUAUGCUAAGAAAACAUUUACGAAGGAUUAAGGAAGAUGAUAAAUUGAUUCAAGCAGAAGGUGUGAAUUCUCUUUCAGAAGCUGAACUUCGUGAAGAUUGUAGAGAGCGAGGCAUGCUUGGGUUGUUUUCUGUUGAAGAAAUGCGCCAACAGCUUCGAGAUUGGCUUGAUUUAUCUCUGAAUCACUCUGUGCCAUCAUCCCUUUUGAUACUUUCAAGGUCAUUUACUGUGUCUGGGAAAUUGAAACCAGAAGAAGCUGUACAGGCUACACUUUCUUCUCUUCCCGACGAGGUUGUGGAUACUAUACAGGUUACAUCUUUACCCUCUGAAGAUUCUGUCUCAGAGAGGAGGAGGAAACUGGAGUUCCUUGAAAUGCAAGAAGAACUUAUUAAGGAGGAGGAGGAGGACAGACAAGAGGAGGUGCAAGCAAGGAUGGAGAGUAGUUCUAGUCAAGUUGAUAAGGCCCUGAAUGAGAUGAAUAUUUCCACAGCAAAAGAGGCUCACCAACUUGCUAGAGACAGAGCAGUGGAAAACAAAGAGCAACUGUGUGAAAUUAGUCGUGCAUUAGCAGUUUUAGCUUCUGCAUCGUCUGUAAGUACAGAGCGGGAAGAUUUUCUUAGGCUGGUUAAUAAAGAGAUAGAACUCUAUAAUAGCAUGGUAAAGAAGGAGGGUUCAGAUGGUCAAAAAGCUGCCUUUAAGGCAUAUAAAGCUGCCCGAGAGGAACAUGACGAUACUGCUGAGUCUGGUGAAGGGGAUAAAGUGUCAUCAGCACUCAUUAACAGAGUUGAUGCCAUGCUUCAAAAUCUCGAGAAGGAAAUUGAUGACGUGGAUGCAAAAAUUGGUGAUCGUUGGAGGCUGCUAGACAGAGAUUAUGAUGGGAAAGUAACUGCUGAGGAGGUAGCCUCUGCUGCAAUGUACUUAAAGGAUACAUUGGGCAAGGAGGGUAUCCAAGAACUUGUCAGCAAUCUUUCCAAAGAUAGAGAUGGGAAAAUACUUGUUGAGGACAUUGUUAAGUUGGGCAGUUGGAAGGAAGAUGGUAAUGUACCUGAAGAUGGGAGCAGGGAGAGUGUAUGAUCCAGAUGCAUCUUAUUUGAACAUGCCACAAAGAAUGUUGCGCAAAUAGACUCUAGGCCACUCAAAAGUUUUUCAACCAUUGAUUUUGUAUUGAUGUUAGUAGUUCAAUUGUAGCGGUCAGAUUAAAAGGAAUUGUGUGCAAGCUCUGUAAAUUUAUGCCAGCUGAGCACAUAUACUUUGGUUUAUACAUGAUGCGAUACUUAGGCUUUCUUGGCUAGCUAAAAUUAUAUUACUUCCGUGAAAUAUAAGCGGAACAUAAUUAUAUUUUCAUAAAUUUUUAGUUGCCUUAAGCACGCAUAACUGUACUUAAACUGAAUCCUGUAGAAAGAAAUAAAACUCAUUUGAUAUAACAAAA